CCGGUCCAACUUGUGGGAUUUUUCGGAUUUUUCCUCCUCAUGGUCGACCACCACAUCGGCGAGGAGGCCCUCCCCUUCUCUCCGCCUUCCACCCCCUCCCUCGUCUGCCACUCCCCUUUCCGCCGCCUUCCUUUCCGCCUUGGCUGGAAGAACCAUGUUUCCCGUGCAUCCUCUUAGCUGCUGGUCAGCUCCCACGUAGUCUCUCCCGGAACCUGCCUCCACAUUCACUCCUCUCAUCACUCUUCUGUUUCCUCUCCCUUACUCUCUCCCAUGGCUCUCUCGCUGGACUCUCCCCUUCUUGGCAGAAGACCCAACAUCCUGAACCCCCUCAGGACUCCGUUCAUUCAUUAUGGAAGCUGUUUUCUUCGAACUCCGCCCCGAAUUUUCUCGUUCCCGAGCUGCACAAAUCGUCCGGCAUCGAGGUAUUUCCCGAUUGUCUGCAACUCAGACAGAUUGAGGAUCUUCAAGGACAGGGAAUUGCGAUGGGUUUCUCGGGGAAUUGGGGGCCGUAGAGUCGAAGAAUUGCUUGGCAGUAACGUCUGGGGCGCUUUGGCGGGGAAGGCGAGUGCUUGGUUUGUUGCAAUACUUUGCGGCAUUCUUCUGGUUCGUUGCCAGAAGGCAUUCGCGGUGGGCGGCGCCCCGGAAGUGGGAUUGAGUGCGCUUGGACAACAGGAGGGUGUUUUUAGGAGCGCAUGGUUGCCCAAGCUUCUACAGGUGUUCCGGGUCUUGAGGGAGCAGGGGUUGGUGCUAACGGCUUUGUUGGGAUUGUCGGCAUUCUUCUCGAUGGCGGAGACCGCUAUUACGACGCUAUGGCCGUGGAAGGUUCGUGAAUUGGCUGAAAAAGAGGCUGAAAAUGGUGUCUUUCGAAUGCUUAGUAGUGAUGUGACCCGGUUUCUAACAACGAUACUUAUUGGGACAACUGUGGUCAAUAUUGGGGCGACUGCACUUGUCACGGAGGCAGCAACUGCAAUUUUUGGUGAAGCUGGGGUUAGCGCAGCAACAGGGGUUAUGACGGUUGCUAUUUUACUACUCACAGAAAUUACUCCAAAAAGCAUAGCUGUUCAUAAUGCCACCGAUGUUGCUAGAUUUGUGGUUAGGCCAGUUGCCUGGCUUUCCCUAAUACUUUAUCCUGUAGGAAGGGUGGUCACCUUUUUAUCAGUGGGCAUGUUGAAGAUGCUAGGUCUAAAGGGAAGAAGUGAGCCAUAUGUUACUGAAGAUGAAUUGAAGCUAAUGUUGCGAGGUGCAGAACUAAGUGGAGCUAUUGAAGAAGAGGAGCAGGAUAUGAUAGAGAAUGUGUUGGAGAUUAAGGACACACAUGUUCGAGAAGUAAUGACUCCUCUUGUUGAUGUUGUUGCAAUUGAUGCUAGUGCAACUCUUAUUGAAUUCAGGAAUUUGUGGGUAAUUAAUCAAUACUCCAGGGUUCCUGUUUUCGAGCAACGGGUUGAUAACAUUGUUGGUAUUGCUUAUGCAAUGGACAUGCUUGAUUAUGUUGACAAGACUGACCUACUUGAGACUUCAACUGUAGAAGAAAUUGCUCACAAGCCUGCAUAUUUUGUACCUGAUUCAAUGUCUGUCUGGAACUUGCUGAGAGAGUUUAGAAUCAGAAAGGUUCACAUGGCUGUUGUCCUUAAUGAGUAUGGCGGAACUGUAGGGAUAGUUACGUUGGAAGAUGUUGUUGAGGAAAUUGUUGGAGAAAUAUUUGACGAGAAUGACUCAAAGGAGGAGAUCCAAAGAAAAACUGGUUAUGUGGUUAUGCGAGCUGAUGGUAUCUUUGACGUAGAUGCAAAUACAUCAAUCUACCAGUUAUCUGAAGAACUUAAUGUCAAAAUUCCUGAGGGUCAUCAGUAUGAGACUGUGUCUGGUUUUGUUUGCGAAUCUUUUGGAUAUAUUCCGAGAACUGGUGAGAGUAUUAAAGUUAAGCUUGAAAAUGCAAGUCUUGAAGAAAAUGAUGAACACGUCGAUGUUGAAUCUGAUAAUCACAAGGAGAAGCAUCAAACAUUUAAGCUUGAGAUAUUGGCUGGAAAUGCAAGAAAGGUGAGUGCAGUUCGUUUUGAAAGAAUAAAUGAGGAUGUUACCAAUCUUAACGCUACAUCAGUUACUCGAGUAGUCCCAAGAAUCAUAAAAAGAAAAUGUAAUGAUGAGGACAUGGACAAGACUGAAAGUGCUGAACUUCCAAUUCAGAAGAAAGUAGAGGGCUGCCUUGCCGAAGGCCCUCUUAUUGAUUGUAUCAUUGAGGACUUUGACAAUAACAGCAAGCAGUAGCUACAGUUCCACACCCUCUUUCAUUUCCUAACCAUGAUGAGGAAAAAACUAAAAAGAAAAGUUUAAAAAAAAAAGAAAAAAAAUAGUUCAUGUUGUUUACA